GUUCAUAUCCGGUUGUCGCUAAUACUACUGCCCUUGUGGAUGGAGCUAGCUGUGAAGCUAGCUAACUAGCUGUUGUGUAGGAAAUUAUCCUAUAUUGCGGGUUUCCUUUACAUAGAUUUAUCGAGACGCAUAUCUGGAUCUAGGUUUGGACCGUGUGACGCCAUGGCAGCUAGGAUUUUUCCAGUAGUCAAGUUAGCUACAAAAGUGGGCAUUGCUGGAGGGGCUGUAUACGUGGCCUAUGAUUCGGGACUGCUCGGUGGCAGCACUGAGGGCUCCGAGGCUCUAAGCAAAGCGAAAGCAGCCAUCCCUCCCGCUGUGGACGAGUGGAGUAAAUACUUUGGUUUGGAGCUUCCUGCAGCACCCAAAAUCGAGUUUUCCCCAUGUGAUGCUUGGAACUCAGGAGUGCGGAAGUCCAUCCAUGCAUUGUCAGUGGCUCCAAGUGUGAUGUGCGAGUACACCAGUCAAGGCUUGCAGUAUGUUAAGGACCUUAUUAAAUGAACGCUUACUUCUUCAUGCUUAUAGUUGAUUGCAAUUAUGAUUCCUGUGUGUAAGCUGAACGCUAAAUGGUGCACAUGGAAAAUCCUAUAUGUACAAGUCCUAUACUUUAAAAGCUAAAUUCAAGGGAAAGACUGAAGAUGUGGUCAAAUUUCUUUAUUUUUAAAUUCUGUGAAAUACCUGUUCUAAAGGUAUUUAAGUAAAAUGAGUAUAGUUUUAUGAAUAUACACAUGAACAAGGGAUAAGGCUAUAUUGCUAUUGUAUUUAUCUUUUCCCUUUACUUUAUCAGACCAUCUGCAUUUUGGUAUGUUAAAUAAUGUACUUUGUUGACUGUAAAAUAAACCUUAAGCCUAUU